GUUCAACCACGUGGAGUAGCUAAGAGGGGAGGAGUUCACUUACAUCAGCCAGCCUAAAGUUCAGCUCAGCUCAGAGAGCUAUGUACUGCCAUCAGUUGCUGACUCUUAGUGGUCCUUUGUGCAGAUCAUGUGCUUGGAAGGCAUUUACUAUCAGAGCUAGCACAAGAUGUUACAGCUCAACCACUAUCAUCGAGGUGGAGAGGAUCCGUAACAUUGGUAUCUCUGCUCACAUUGACUCUGGCAAGACUACACUGACUGAAAGGGUGCUCUUUUACACUGGGAGGAUAUCAGCUAUGCACGAGGUCCGUGGCAAGGACAAUGUUGGAGCCACAAUGGACUCUAUGGAACUAGAGAGACAAAGAGGCAUUACCAUUCAGUCAGCAGCCACCUACACAACUUGGAAGGACACAGCUAUCAACAUCAUUGACACCCCAGGACAUGUAGACUUCACUAUAGAGGUGGAGAGAGCACUGAGGGUGCUGGACGCAGCUGUACUCGUUCUGUGUGCAGUGGGUGGAGUACAGAGUCAGACGCUCACUGUGAACAGACAGAUGAAUCGCUAUCGUGUGCCUUGUUUAGGAUUCAUCAACAAAUUAGACAGACAAGGCGCCAACCCAGAUAGAGUGAUCUCACAAAUGAGGGCCAAGCUGCACCACAAUGCAGCUGCAGUGCAUGUACCCCUGGGUCUGGAGGGAGGACACGAGGGGGUAAUUGAUGUCGUCAGCAGCAAGGCUUUCACUUUUGGUGGAAAUUUGGGAUCUGAGACCAUUGAGGGAGAUAUUCCGGAUACUAUGAAGGGUAUUGUUACAGAGAAGAGAAGAGAAUUGAUUGAGCGUGUGGCUAAUGUUGAUGAGGUUCUUGGAGAGCAGUUUCUCAGUGACAUUGAGCCAACAAGUGAGGAAUUGAUGGCUGCCAUUAGGAGGAGUGUGUUGAAGAGAGCAUUCACACCUGUGUUCCUUGGGUCAGCUCUCAAGAACAAAGGUGUUCAGCUACUGUUGAAUGGAGUUCUUGACUACCUCCCCACUCCGUCAGAAGUACACAAUUUUGCAUUUGACAAUGACAACAAUGCUGAGAAGGUUGUCAUGAGCCCACUGAGAGAUGGAUCAAAGCCGUUUGUCAGUCUAGCCUUUAAGCUAGAGGCUGGAAAAUUUGGACAGCUGACGUACAUGCGGGUGUACCAGGGUUCGUUGAAACGAGGGGACAAUAUCGUCAAUACUCGGACAGGAAAGAGGGUCAAAGUGUCUCGUCUGGUGCGUAUGCAUAGCGAUAAGAUGGAGGAGAUCACAGAAGCACACGCUGGAGACAUCUGUGCACUGUUUGGAAUCGACUGUGCCUCAGGGGACACCUUUACUGCUGAGUCAGCUCCCAAAUACACUAUGGAGUCCAUUCAUGUUCCAGACCCGGUGAUCUCCCUCGCCAUACAACCUGCCAAGAAGGACGAUUUGGACGCCUUCUCUAAGGGUAUCAAUCGCUUUCAGAGAGAGGACCCGACAUUCAGAGUGCACUUUGAUGAUGAGAGCAAAGAGACCAUCAUGUCAGGAAUGGGAGAACUUCAUUUGGAAAUCUAUGCUGAGCGUAUGAAGUCAGAGUACAACUGUCCUUGUGUCACUGGCAAGCCUAAAGUAGCCUUCAGAGAAACCAUCUCACAGCCUAUACAGUUUGAUUACCUUCACAAGAAGCAGAGUGGUGGUGCAGGGCAGUAUGGUCGUGUAAUUGGUCAGUUUGAGCCGAUGAUGGGGGAGGACCUCACUCAGCUGGAGUUUGAGGACCGGACAGUUGGUAUGAACAUUCCCAAGAGCUUCAUCCCUGCCAUUGAGAAAGGUUUCUAUGAAAUCUGUAACAAGGGCCCGUUGACGGGUCACAAGGUCGUAGGCAUGCGGAUGGUGUUGGAGGAUGGUGUGUCACAUGCAGUGGACUCUAACGAACUCUCAUUCAGAAUGGCGGCCAUCGGAGCAGUGAGAGCCAGUUUUUCCCAGGCCAUGCCCCAAGUGCUGGAGCCGAUCAUGACUGUAGAGGUUAUUGCACCCACCGAGUUCCAGGGGUCAGUCAUAGCGGGAAUUAACAAGAGACGAGGGGUCAUCAACGGAACAGAUGCAACCGAAGGAUAUUUUAGCCUCUACUGUGAAGUUCCUCUCAACUCCAUGUUUGGUUACUCAACUGAGCUGCGAUCUGCCACUCAGGGCAAAGGGGAGUUCACUAUGGAGUACUGCCGCUAUCAACCUGUGCUCCCUCAGUCCCAACAGGAGAUGAUCAAGAACUACGAGCAAGAGAGGCUUGCAAAGCUCAAGUGACACCAUUGCCAUAUUUAUUAUUAGUUAGGGGAACUUUUCUUUUUAUCAUUGAACAUGUUAAUUAGUUACUUUGGCUGUGUAAAUAUUUACAUACAU